UAAAUAAUAGCUGCUACUCGAAAUACUAGGAGCGGUAAAACAGGACAUCUAGUCAAGGUAGCUGACGGCUCCCCAUUAAUCUUGGAGCAAGAUAUCGACUUCAAAUUGGAAGUGGACAGUCAAAGGUUACUCCUCCAAAACACCCCGCUGUGCUCUCGCAAACACCCCGCAACUCCAAAUUAUUUCACCCCGCAUAUCCAUAUCGAGAUUUGCAUUCAUCAUAUCAUUUGCCCAAUCCGGCCAUUAUCUGCCCAAGAGCCCCAUGGCAUCCCCACCAGCUCCGUUCAAAGCCCAACACCACCUGGGUGACAAUAAAAUUCAUGUGCUCCUUGCAGCCAGUGGGUCGGUUGCGACUAUCAAGCUUCCCAAUAUCGCGGAAGCCCUUGGCCGCCAUCCGAAUAUUUCUAUCCGCAUAAUCGUUACAAAAUCAGCGGCAGAAUUUCUAAAGGGACAGAGUCACGAGCAACCAUUGCUCGAAAAUCUCCUCGAACUACCUGGCGUGGAUGCUAUUUACCGAGACGAGGAUGAGUGGAGGCACUCUUGGACUCGUGGCGAGCCGAUCCUACAUAUAGAGCUCAGAAAAUGGGCUCAUAUCCUACUCAUCGCGCCUUUAUCCGCCAACACCAUGGCCAAAAUGACCAUGGGAAUUUCAGAUAACCUUCUUCUCUCUGUUUUGCGAGCAUGGGACACGACGGGAUCGGUGGACGCCAAUUUCAAGGAAAAGAAGCCCAUUGUGUUUGUCGCCCCCGCUAUGAAUACAGCAAUGUGGUUUCAUCCGAUCACUGCCAAGCAACUGGCUAUACUGAAUGAUGAAUGGGGCGUAAACUCUCGCAAUAACGAGGGCUGGGUAUCUGUACUUCACCCGGUAGACAAAUCUCUUGCUUGCGGCGAUACAGGAACCGGGGGUAUGAUGGAAUGGAAGACCAUAGUCGAUAAGGUGGAGCAGUAUUUAGGUAUUGACAAGGACGAUAAAUAAAGAGGUUAGCUAGAGCUUCAGGACUUGAA